GUGAAAUGACAGUGAAAACAGAACUUUUGAUGAGACAGAUUAUGUUAGUUAACGUUAUUCAUUUUGUGUAGACUUUUUCUUUAAAUUGGUGGAAAUAACUGAAGUACCAUAGAUACUACCAUCGACAAUUUACUCAAAAUAGAUACGGGGAUGGCGCCGCCAUGUGGCACAUUUUCCUACAUGUAGCCGCAUGUAGCCCAUCGAGUCAACCUAUUUGUGGUGUUAUAACAGCCAUAGAUAGCACUACUUGUGCUAGGCUAGCAGCGCUAACACCACUGAGCUAGAUGUCAUUGGCUAACACCAUACACGAACGCCAACGCUACCGUUAGAGCACAUCCACUUUUGCAGCAUUAUCGUGUGGGGGUUAAGUACUUCCGCUGGGUCAUUGUGGCGCUUUUUGAACUUGUGUUUUACUUUUAGAGUUUUUGUCACUAUUUAGGGUCUCGAGCUACUGCAUACACAAAUGGCUAUACUACUUGGAUGAGCAAGCUGUUUAUUGGUGUAAAAAUACCAUCGUGUAAACUUGCGAAAGCCGCACGACAGUGGCCAAGAGGAAGCAGUAAUCAACCAUCUUUCUUCUGCCAGCAAUAACAAGAAAGAGAGGAUCCAAGUGGAGCUGCAGUUUUCAAUUUAUUGUCUCUUUCUUGCUGAGCAUAGAUUGGACUGGACAUUUGGAAUUUCGUAUCACAAGGCCAGAGAAUACAAAGCGUUCACCAUCGACACGCGCGGGGGUUUAGUAUUAGUAGGCUGGCUAUUUGAUUUGUAUUUAUUUUUUUCAUGUUUCCAACAGGUUUACCUUCCCCUAAUCCCCCACCGCCAACCCAAGAGGCUAGACCGGCAGCUUCUGAUGUUAAUAGCGAUAGUAGUCUUACGUCUUCUAAGAAGAGAAAAAUAAAUAGCUCUGAGAAAGAAGACAUCGAUUCAAUAUCUUCGUCCCCAAAAGCCAUUUGCAAUUCUUCUUCGUCCUGUUCUUCCACCUCCCAGCAUAUUCAGAAGAAGUUAAGGUUCGAAGAUCCAGCAGAAAUCAUUGGACUGGAUGUGAAAAUGGCUGAAGAGUCUUCACCGACUGCAUCGUGUUCUAAUAAAACUAAAAAUGUGUUCUUGGCUGGAGGUGUUGGGCACCACGCAAACGGACUGACGAAAUCCACCGGAUCCACCACGUUUUCUAACAGUAAACCGGGAGCCGCAAAAAAACUAGUCAUCAAGAACUUCAAAGAAAAACCCAAAUUACCAGAGAACUACACACAAGAGACCUGGCAAAAGUUGAAGGAGGCUGUCGAGGCCAUUCAGAACAGCACUUCGAUAAAGUACAAUCUGGAGGAGCUGUACCAGGCAGUUGAAAAUCUUUGCUCCCAUAAAAUAUCAUCAAAGCUCUACAAACAACUUAGGUCUGUGUGUGAAGAUCACAUCAAGGCACAGAUCGACCAAUUCAGAGAGGAUGCACUGGACAGUGUUCUUUUCCUGAAGAAGAUUGAUAAAUGUUGGCAGGAUCAUUGUAGACAAAUGAUCAUGAUUAGAAGUAUAUUUUUGUUUUUGGACCGCACUUAUGUUUUACAAAAUUCAAUGCUACCAUCAAUUUGGGACAUGGGCUUGGAGCUUUUCCGGUUCCACAUUAUCAGCGAUAUGAAGGUGCAGAGCAAGACUAUCUCUGGGAUCUUGCUCCUGAUCGAGAGGGAGCGGAGCGGUGAGGCUGUGGACCGCAGUCUGCUCCGGAGCCUCCUCAGCAUGCUCUCUGAUCUGCAGAUUUACCAGGACUCGUUUGAGCAGCGCUUUUUGGAGGAGACGAAUCGCCUAUAUGCCACAGAAGGACAGAGGCUGAUGCAAGAGAGAGAGGUUCCAGAGUACCUUCAUCAUGUCAACAAGCGUUUGGAAGAGGAGGCGGACAGGGUCAUAACUUAUUUGGACCAGAGCACACAAAAACCGCUGAUUGCCUCUGUGGAAAAACAGCUUCUGGGGGAGCAUCUGACGGCAAUCUUACAGAAAGGCUUGAAUCACUUGCUGGACGAGAACCGGAUCCAGGACCUGUCCCUCCUCUACCAGCUCUUCAGUCGUGUACGAGGGGGCGUACAGGCUCUUCUCCAUCACUGGAUUGAGUACAUCAAGGCCUUCGGAAGCACAAUUGUCAUCAACCCUGAGAAGGACAAGACCAUGGUCCAGGAGCUGCUGGACUUUAAGGACAAGGUGGAUUACAUCAUUGAUGUGUGCUUCAUGAAAAAUGAGAAGUUUGUGAAUGCUAUGAAGGAGGCCUUUGAGACCUUCAUCAACAAACGGCCAAACAAGCCCGCUGAGCUAAUAGCAAAGUAUGUCGACUCAAAGCUGAGGGCAGGAAACAAGGAGGCUACUGAUGAGGAGCUAGAGAAAAUGCUGGACAAAAUCAUGAUCAUCUUCAGGUUUAUCUAUGGCAAAGAUGUUUUCGAGGCCUUUUACAAGAAAGACCUGGCCAAGAGGCUACUGGUAGGAAAGAGUGCCUCUGUGGAUGCAGAGAAGUCCAUGCUGUCAAAAUUAAAACAUGAAUGUGGUGCUGCAUUCACCAGCAAACUAGAAGGCAUGUUCAAGGACAUGGAAUUAUCAAAGGAUAUUAUGGUGCAGUUCAAACAGUAUAUGCAGUGUCAGAACAUCCCUGGAAACAUUGAGCUGACAGUGAACAUCCUCACCAUGGGCUACUGGCCUACCUACGUACCCAUGGAAGUCCAUCUGCCCCCAGAGAUGGUGAAGCUGCAGGAGAUCUUCAAAACGUUCUACCUGGGCAAGCACAGUGGCAGGAAGCUACAGUGGCAGUCCACAUUAGGGCACUGUGUGCUGAAGGCUGAGUUCAAGGAGGGCAAGAAGGAGCUGCAAGUGUCGCUGUUUCAGACACUGGUGCUACUUAUGUUCAACGAAGGAGAGGAGUUUUCCUUGGAGGACAUUAAACUUGCAACAGGAAUUGAGGACAGUGAACUCAGGCGGACUCUGCAGUCCCUGGCUUGUGGGAAAGCCCGUGUACUCACCAAAAUCCCCAAGAGCAAAGAUGUGGAAGAUGGUGACAAGUUCUCCUGCAAUGAUGACUUUAAACACAAGCUCUUCAGAAUCAAGAUCAACCAGAUCCAAAUGAAAGAGACGGUGGAGGAACAAGCCAGCACUACUGAGAGGGUCUUCCAAGACCGGCAGUACCAGAUUGACGCAGCCAUCGUCCGCAUCAUGAAAAUGAGGAAGACUCUCAGCCACAACCUUUUGGUGUCAGAGGUCUAUAAUCAACUCAAGUUCCCAGUGAAGCCUGCUGAUUUAAAGAAGAGAAUAGAAUCGCUCAUCGACAGGGACUACAUGGAACGAGACAAGGAGAAUCCUAACCAGUACAACUACGUUGCUUAGGAAGUGAAAAGGGGGAAGGAGAGAAGGAAAGUGGAGAUGGAAAGAAAGGUGGAAGGCAGUCAACUUCUCAGAACACUUGGUCUGAGACCCUUUGCUCCAGUUGAUGUUACCAUUAGCCCCGUUUAACAAAGCAGCCGACAGCUGAAUGGAUAUUGCUCCACAGGCUUUUCUGGUGUGUGUGUGUUUGUUCCUGUGGACUGCAUGCCCAUUUAAAGAGAAUAUUGCUCAUGCUCAGAGUGGGAAUUGGACUUUCUGGGACAGGAAAAGGAAAUUCAUCAUGGUUGGAUAUCCCUUCUUUCCUACGGAGCGGACACGUUUAUUUUUCAAACUCUGUUCUGUGUCCUUACGUUCAUCGCAUUCUGUUCUGAAGUUUUUUUUCCCCUCUUUAUCCCCACUGUGUAUCCCAUGCAAGUGUUGUCACCAACAUGUACUGUUAUUC